AUGACAUCCGGCCCAUACUCCCUCCGUCUCAAAUCCCCCUCAGAGACAGGGACCCGUCUCUUUACUCUACUCUCCGAUUACGUCCAAUCCACUUCCACCUCCGCAGCCACAGUCGCGCAAUCAAUCCACAAGCUCGGAGAAGCACCGAUCUCCAACACCCAGAAUGAUGGCCCGUCUGUUGAGUCGUUCCUAUGGGAAACGUGGGCCGUUGUCAUCGAUCUAGCCAAACAGCUUCCCAGCGACGGUCUGGACCGUCUGGUGGAAGUGCUGCAGGCGCUCACGGCGAUACCUGCAUCAACAGUAUCUAUUUGGGAGUCCAAGAGCAAAGUCUGGACUGACCUUCCUAUUCUUGGUCCUAGCAUGAGGGAAGCAUGGAUCAAUACCGACUCUCCAGAAGAGGCGCGCACAGAGUGGGUCAAUCUGAACUCCUUUGCUGCGCGUCUAUUAGCUCUUCCAUCCAUCACAUGGGUGAAUUUUGCGGUCUGGACGAUGCGUGAUGCACUCGAGAAUAGAGGCGACGACAAGGAUAUUGGUGCUAUGCAUGUUGAUGCAGCUGCGGAGUGGGUCUUGCAUGCCGGAAAGGAGCUGGUCGGAUAUGCUACAUCCACAAAUCAGAGUGAGGAGCGCGCUUUGGCUGGUGGGAAGCUAUACCAUGGACCGGCUACAAUGUGUGCCGAGAGGUGGGAGUUCUGGAAGAAAGGGUUUGGAGAGGUGGCCGAGGCACCAGGGGACGACCGGGUGAGGGCGAAGGCGAAGAAAGCCCAAGAAGCGAUGGAGACGGUCACGAUUGGAUGA